UCGAGGACCGCGGUCCGGUCCCUUCCGGCCGGCGGCGGGCAGCUCCGGGCCCGGCAUGAGCGACGUGGUGGAGCGGACACUGAACGUGCUGCCCGGGCUGCUGGGGCAGCACGACCCGGGCGCCGGGCCGGGAGGAGGCGGCCCCGGCAGGGCAUCGGCCACCUCCCGUCUCGGGAGCCUCAUCCGGAGCAUCACGGCGCUCACCUCCAAGCAUGAAGAAGAAAAAUUAAUCCAGCAGGAGCUAACCAGUUUGAAAGCAGCAGUUUCAGCCCCCACCACAACACUUAGACUAAUGAAAGAAUGUAUGGUGAGACUCAUCUAUUGUGAAAUGCUGGGGUACGAGUCUUCCUUUGGAUACAUCCAUGCAAUCAAGCUUGCCCAGCAAGGAAAUCUCUUGGAGAAAAGAGUUGGUUACUUGGCAGUUUCUUUAUUUCUACAUGAAAAUCACGAACUGCUACUUCUACUUGUGAACACAGUUGUGAAGGACUUACAGAGCACUAACCUAGUAGAGGUCUGCAUGGCAUUAACCAUUGUCAGCCAGAUCUUUCCACGGGAGAUGAUUCCAGCUGUUCUUCCCCUAAUAGAAGACAAGCUCCAGCAUUCGAAGGAAAUUAUCCGAAGAAAAGCUGUUCAAGCUUUAUAUAAAUUCUAUCUCAUUGCUCCUAACCAAGUUCAGCAUAUUCAUGAUAAGUUCCGGAAAGCCUUAUGUGACAGGGAUGCUGGAGUCAUGGCUGCUUCUUUGCAUAUUUAUCUUCAAAUGAUUAAGGAAAACUCAUCUGGGUACAAGGACUUGACUGGGAGUUUUGUAGCCAUCCUGAAGCAGGUAGUGGGAGGAAAGCUCCCUAUUGACUUCAACUAUCACAGUGUGCCAGCACCAUGGUUACAAAUUCAGCUUUUAAGAAUAUUGAGGUUAUUAGGAAAAGAUGAUCCAAGGACAAGUGAAUUGAUGUAUGAAGUCCUAGAUGAAUCUUUAAGAAGAGCAGAGAUAAAUCAUAACAUUACAUAUGCUAUCUUGUUUGAAUGUGUCCAAACAAUUUAUACAAUUUAUCCCAAUUCUGAACUACUUGAAAAGGCUGCCAAGUGCAUUGGAAAGUUUGUUUUGUCACCCAAAAUUAAUUUGAAAUACUUAGGUUUAAAGGCUCUGACCUAUGUUAUUCAGCAGGAUCCUAAUCUGGCACUUCAGCACCAAAUGACAAUAAUUGAAUGUCUGGACCAUCCAGAUCCCAUUGUUAAAAGGGAGACUCUAGAGCUUCUCUACAGAAUUACAAAUGGACAGAAUGUAAUUGUCAUAGUUCAGAAGAUGCUUGACUACUUAAAAGAAAGCAAAGAAGAAUACGCUAUCAUCAACUUAGUUGGCAAAAUAGCAGAACUAGCUGAGAAAUAUGCCCCUAACAAUGAGUGGUUCAUCCAAACAAUGAAUGCAGUGUUUUCCGUUGGAGGUGAUCUUGUGCAUAUGGAUAUCCCAAACAACUUUCUGAGGCUAUUAGCUGAAGGAUUUGAUGAUGGAAACGAAGAUGAUAAACUACGGAUAUAUGCAGUCAAGUCUUACUUGGCAUUACUAGAAGAGGAUGAUGCACUGUAUCCACAGAAAUUUCUUCAAGUUAUGAGUUGGGUGGUGGGGGAAUAUUCUAGCCUUGUUACAGAUGUUGACCCAGAAGUUAUUUUGACAAAGCUGCACAGCCUGCUGAAGAAGACUUUUGUUACUUCUGAAACUAAAGUGUGGAUAAUGGCUACAGUCACCAAGAUAGCAUCACGUACCUCCUGUUCAAAAGCAGUUGAUGAAAUAAUCCAAGAAUUCAGUAACUCGCUAGAUACUUGCAUGAGACAAUAUGCCUUUGAAUUGAAGAAUCUGUGUGAGGACAAAGCACUGAUGAAAAACUUGCUUCCAUUUGACGCUAGCUGCAGUGACAUGGUGGUAGAUGCUUCCUUAUCUUUUCUGGAUGGGUUUGUGGCUGAGGGACUUGGUCGUGGUGCAGCACCAUAUAAGCCUCAUCAUCAGAGACAAGAGGAGAAACUUUCUCAGGAAAAAGCUCUGAAUUUUGAACCUUACAGAUUGUCAUUUGCUUCAAGUGUGUCCUCAUCUGGCAUCACCGGCAGACAGUCCCCUACUGGCUUAUCUUUUGGUUCUGAUACAUCUGUGAAUAGUGCUGAGACAGGGCAUAAAGAGACGAGUACUCUGAAACUUGAGGGUGUACGCAAGCUGUGGGGUAAAGAAGGCUACCUUCCAAAGAAAGAAAGCAAAGAAGGGAAAGAAAAAGAGCCACAAACUGCUUCUUGUGGCACCUUGUCAGCAGGACAGGUGGGUGACCCUCCUGCAUUGCGGCCUGAUCAAGUUGCCAGCAUCUCUGAAGAAGACAAAGAGAAGCAGGAGUUAGCAUCAACUUUGUUUAUUGGGCUAGGAUCAAAUGCUGGUGUCAGUCUGAUGGGGAAAGCAGAAACAGCUACUCAGAAGUUCAAAAGAAGAUCGAAGAUAAAUGAAAUUGAACACAGUGAGGAGGCGUCAGACUUCCAGAAUAGUGCUGCUUCAGAUUUUGGUCCCUUACUGGAUACAAGACCUAUUAAUAUGGAAGAUUCUGAGGAAAGUUUGCACACAAGGUUAAGGAAAGCCUCUCUGUCUUCUUCAGAUAUUGUAGAAGAUAAUUUAGCAUUUGAAAUGCCUCAGUCCCUCAGAAAAUCCGGGCUGGAUGAGAGACUUUCAGAUAAUAGGCUGUCACAGUCGUCUCUGUUUGCUGAUAGUAAUAUUGAAGUUUUUCAGCCUUCUCCAAGUGCUCAAUGUGAAAGUGCCACUAAAACACCGUUAGUCCCUUCCUUACCAGAAGAGCUAGAAGAGCUCACUCACUCUGAAGUAAUGGAACUCUGUCAGAGUGAUGCCUUAGCUCUGUAUUUAUGUAAGGUGUGGACAGAUGACUCUCUGUUGCUCACUGUUUUUGUUUCCAAUAAAACCACUGUGGUACUUAAUACUGUGAACUUAUCAUUUGAAGAAGCAGAACAUUUUCAGAUUAUGGAGAGUCCCAGCUAUCAGUUUCCUGCAAUUGAAGCUGAAAGUGUGGAACAUUGCCAGAAAUGCGUGUGGAUGGACAAAAUCUGUACACAGGGAGUUCUUUCUGGCUCUGUUAGUUACCAGUUGGACAUGGAAACGCGCCUUGACUUUUCAGUCACUUUAUCUUUGAUGGACUUCAUCCGGCCAAUGGAAGUGACUACAGAAGACUUUGGGAAGCUGUGGUUGUCCCUUUCCAAUGAUGUGAAACAGAAUAUAAAAAUGUCCUCAUCUCAAGAUUCCCUUUCAGCUGCUCUGAAUACACUGCAGCAGAAGCUGAAACUCCAUAUAGUUGAUGUUAUAGGUAAUGAGGGAAUACUGGCAUGCCAGCUACUUCCAUCUGUGCCCUGUCUGCUGCACUGUCGGACUCACUCGGGGAUGCUGGCUUUGUGGUUCAGAUCGCCUUGUUCUGCUCUUCCGGAUGGUUUGCUUUAUCAAUGUCAAAAAGUAAUGGAGGAAUCUUAAUAACAAUAGUGCCUGACUUAAUCUAUUUGGUGUGUGAAAAGCAAAUCAAAGAUUUAUAUAGUUGCACAGAUAAUUACCAAAGCUAAAUUAAGAUACUUCUUCUCAGAAGUAUUAAAAGCUCUCUUCCAGCUGGCAUAUGUCAUGUGGACGUGGGGGAAGACUGAUGACCUAAAUUACGCCUGCAAAAACAUGCUCAGGACUGUACAGUGACGAACAACUAAUCCAUUAAAGUAUUGUUACCUGUUUAAGUGAAA